ACACCCCAUCUUAGUUGUGUUUGUAUGUAUGAUAGAAUCACUUGGAGAAAAUAAGAAAAAUGCCAUUCUUCCUUCUUCUCCCUUCACCCCCGUCUCUAUUCUUCUUCUUCUUCUUCUUCUUCUUCUUCUUCUUUCCUUUACCAGUUCUGGUCCCACUCCUUUCUCCAAGUGGACCCCGCCUCAUCCCCAAUACAACCACCACAAACAUGUUGCCUCAGAUGCCAUAGCUGGUUGACCAGGAGGAAAUUUAUUGGAGACGGAAGGGUGAUAAAGGGCAUGAAUGGUCACAUAGUUCUACUCAUGUAAUAACGCAGUUGACUCAAUGUUUUGCUGCUAUGGUGGGACCGCGAUCAUGGGUAGGAGGACUCUUCCACCGCUCGAGCAACAAGCGUCAUGUGAAGUUUAUUGACUACUCAUUGAGUCCUAUUCAGGAACAAAGACUUCAGAGGCUCCAAGAACGAUUACAAGUACCAUUUGACGAGACCCACCUGGAUCAUCAAGAAGCACUUAAAACAUUGUGGCGUGCUGCCUUUCCAAAUAUUGCUCUCAAAGGUUUAAUUUCUGACCAAUGGAAAGAUAUGGGGUGGCAGGGUCCAAAUCCAUCAACUGACUUUAGGGGUUGCGGUUUUAUUUCCCUUGAGAAUUUGCUGUUCUUCGCCAGGACUUAUCCGGAAUCUUUCCAUAGGUUAUUGUUCAAGCGAGAAGGGAUCCGAGCAGCUUGGGAAUACCCAUUUGCUGUUGCUGGCAUUAAUGUAUCAUUUAUGUUGAUUCAGAUGUUGGAUCUAAGCUCAGUUAAACCACGAUGCCUUCCAGGGAUCAAUUUCAUUAAAUUAUUAGGAGAGGAUGAAGGAGCCUUUGAUGAAUUAUUUUGUAUUGCUUUCGAAAUGAUGGAUGCUCAAUGGCUUGCAAUGCAUGCUUCCUACAUGGAAUUUAAUGAGGUAUUACAGGCAACAAGGACACAGCUGGAAAGAGAGCUGUCUUUAGAAGACGUUAACAGAAUACAAGAUCUUCCAGGAUACAAUUUGUUGUACCCGUGAUAAUUGAAUUCAGCUCUUCAAAAGCAAAAAUAGCUCCAUAUAAACUUGAACAGCUCUGUUAUGGCAUGCAUAUUUUUCCAAGAGAAGGGUUAACUUAAGGUUUAUUGAACAAGGAGAUCUUCCCAGAGGUUUCUCUAUGUGAGUUUACACUUUGUAAAUGCCAGUUUUGGAGGUUUCUUAGCAGAUAUUUGUACACAAAAAUGAACUUCAAAUGAGUUGGUAGCAGAGGGUGGAUUUAUAAUGAAUCUUGUAACCCCAUAAAUCAUACUAACUUUCUUUUCUAUUUUUCUUGAAAGAAGAAAGAGGGGAAAAAAGAAGUAGCUAGAUUAGCAAAUUGACAGAGAUUGAGAAAUUCAACCUAGUUGAGGUUUAUCAACAACUUGGGCUUUGUUGGUUGCUAAAUUUUCUAGACUAUCAAUGAACAAAAAAUCCCAUUUAGUGUC